AUGGUGGAAGGAGCGCUGAAAGCCGACUCUCACAGAGAACCAGCCCUGGAUGGCUGCCUUGAGAGCUUUGAGAGCCAUGGGUCAGAGGGACUGAAGGUGCCCUCCAAGCAGCAAAAGCCACGAAAAGAGGCACAGGAGGGCAGUUUUUACCUGGCAAAGAAAGAUCACAGGGAACACUUCCUCCCUGCAGCUCCACGGAACUGGAGUCCUCCUGCCUCAGGUUCCGCCUCUUCGGUUGCUGUGUCUGAGCAGAGAACCGGGAGGAAGAGGGCCCGAAAGACAAAGCAUCUGGAGGAUGUGAAGGCAGCUACCUGUGAGAGCGGCCCUGCCACCUCCAAUUCAGCUUCCUCAGAAGCUGACUCUGACCUGAAGUUCUCGAGGAAGAAGAGGCAGAGGAGGAGUUUAUGGACUGUCAGUCAUGUUGAGGGGACAAAACUCAGGAUGAACAGGAAGAAAGUACCCAGUUACCGCCCUGAGGACCAGGAAGCCUUCUACCGACUUCUGGAGGACCCUGCCAUCCAGAGCUUCUUGGAAGCUGACAUUUUCCUCAAAGUGUCUGACAAGUACCUGCUGUCCAUGGUGGUAGAGUACUUCGGCCGCGUCGGGCUGCCUGGACACCUUUACAACAGGAUCCACUUCUUCCUGGCUCUCUAUAUCGCCUCUGACAUGGAGGAGGACGACCCUACUUCUAAGCAAAGCAUCUUCCAGUUCCUGCUGGGCGAGGAGCACUGGCCUGACCUCUACAAGGAGUUCCUGAAUCUGAGGAUGGAGUUCUUCCACGCAAUGGGAUACCGAGCCUGGGUCACCCCAGAGCUGUGCGAGGAGAUCCAGGCCCAGAAUCCUCACCACUGGGUCUGGAGUCGGGUGCGCCAGAGUGCCCCCUAG